CCGCUGUUUCUCGCUUACAUCUCGGGAUGUUUAGCUUGUUGUCACCAUAGUGCAGAGAUCCGUCACAUUAGCAUCAACAGGCAGCGGACAAUUAUGCCUCGCUUACUCAACAGCCCCACCUCAAAGUCUAACUGCGGCCCUGUCUGGGUCGCCUUAGUUCUUCUUGGCAUCUCAGCUCUAAACACUCAGGCUAAAACAGUCCUUUCUGUACCCCAGCAAGUGAGCCUUUCACCCAACUUUCCCACUCAGCAACUCUCCAUUUCCUGGUUGGGAGGAGAGGCCACAACCUUUGACCUCAUCAUUUUUACAACAGAAUUUAAAGAAACCAUCUUCUCUGACACAGUCUCUGCCGUAGUGAACCAGGAUAGUGGUCGGCACCAGUGGACCUGGACUUCUGUAGAACCUCUGGAGUGUACUUCACUGUCAGUCCAAAUCCGCUCAAGAGAAGGAGAAACAACAAGUGAAUGGAGUGAACCUCAGAUCCUGGAAGGAAAAGAUCUUCCCAGCAACAGUGAAGCUCAGAUGUUUCCGCAGGACAGAAUCGUGCCUGCCGGGGCCAACACGACCUUCUGUUGCAUUGUUGAGGAGGGAAAAGAGUUUAAAAGCAUCCGUUACGAAAACACAAACAUGCCAGUGAAACGUUUGAGUCGGCGAAGUUAUGCCAUCACAGCCAUUUUUCAAGAAGCCACUCGCAUUACUGGAAGCAACGUUAUCUGUCAUUCAAAUGGCCCGAUAACAGGAGCGACCAUCUUUGUUGGAUAUCCACCUCUACCCAGCUGGUUCAAGUGUGAGACUCGAGACUUGAUCUCAGCUGUGUGCCAUUGGGAUAAAGGACGAUACACUAACCUGGGCGGCAGGAGAAGAACCCGCUACUCCGUAAACAACAGGGACUGUUCUGAGAGGAAUAUGUGUGCGCUGUCUCAGUGGGACGGUAACUGGACUCUGGUGGCUGCUAAUCCUCUCGGUCAGUACAAUCUGACGGACUCGGCUGAGCUCAGUCACAGAGUGUACCCAGUAGCACCACUUAACCUGAGUCAUGUUGCCCACGCCUGGAAUGCCACUCUGUUCUGGGAGUGGACACACAGUAGCUAUUCCUCCCUGGCUCUUGUCUGCCAGGUAGAACUAGCCGGCCGCAGUACAACGGUCAGAGAUUUCUUCGGUGUGGGUCUCCGUUCUGUGUUUCUGACGGAUCUUCACCCUGAUGAGAAAUACAGCGUUCAAGUCCGCUGCGGAGCCCAGAAUAACUUCUGGAAGUGGGGAGACUGGAGCGAACUCCAUCACUUUAAAACCAAACCCUAUGCUCCAGAUGCCCCCAGUGUGUGGCUGUGGUUGACCAGUGACAACACCGGGCUGAUUGUUUGGAAGCCUCUGACACGGUUGCAGAGCCACGGAAAAAUCCUACGGUACAGCGUUACUGUUGGGAACGCUGGGAAAACUGAACUGACCGAGAGUUUAUCCCCAGAAAAUCAUUCUUUUCCUGUCAACCUGACACGAUGGGCUUCGCUCAGCCAUGACAACAGAGUCCGUGCAGCCGUGGUUGCAGAGAACGUGGCGGGAACGUCUCCACCUGCAAUUGUGCCGUUGCGUUUCAGAGAUGUCGAGCCCCCUGCUUUGGCCCAGGCAGCUCAUAACAGCAGUGGUUUCUCUUUGAGCUGGCAGCAAAAUGCCGGCAGUACAUGCAGUUAUGUGGUGGAGUGGUGUGAAACUUUGUGCCUUAACUGCUCUGUGGACUGGAUCCGACUGGAUGCUGGGAACACUAAUGUCUCUAUUCCGUCAGCCAACCUCCUGCCUGGUGUGAGAUACAACUUUUCCCUCUACGGCUGCCCGUCAGAUUUCCCAGUGCUCAUGCAGCGCUGGCAAGGAUACAAAGAGGAGCUGCCACCGUCCAGGGUCGAGCUGAAAAUCGCUCAGCUGGACUGCGACGUUGUCCUGAGCUGGGAGGAGGUUCCGCUGGAGAAAAGGAGAGGCUUCCUCCUGGGCUACAAUGUUUACAUCAGUAACAGCUCCCAGCUCACACUUCUUGAAAAGCUGGACGCUUCCAGGAGGACAUACACUGUGUCAGGUCUCCCUGCGGGUUCGUACAAAUUUGUCGUCAAAGCCUACACGUCUGGAGGCGAGGGUACAGACAGCAUUGUUUCCAUCAGGCUGGAACCAUGUGGUGGAUUGAUUCUGCCGAUUUUGACUUCUAUGGGGAUCGUGACCCUGCUACUGGCUACCGUCGCCCUCGUUUGCUACAAGAAAAGAAGAUGGGUUAAAACGGCGUUCUAUCCGGACAUACCUGAGCCCAAGCUGCCUGGUGAUUGGUCCAGGACACAGGAGCCCAUGGACGUGAAGCCAUUUCCCCACAGCAUUGUCCACAUCUUGGAGAAACCUGAACGGGAUCCUUAUAAAGACGCCCUCGUCGUCAUUCCUGAAGAAGAGGUGGACGACCAUGCGGAGGGAACUGGAGACGGGCCCGUAGACGUGGAUGAGCGGCAGUCAUUGCGUUACUACAACCAAGUGGUGGAUGAGCGCCCCAUAAGGCCACGCUACCCGGACUCCUCAGCUUCCUCGUUGUCUUCCGUAGAUUCAGCCAACACCGAUGUGACGUACACAGGUAUCUCUGAGGGCUUCCAGCCACACACCGGCCCCUCUAUGAGCAGCGGGGCUACAGCAGGUGGUUACCAGCCACAGAUGCGACCUGUAACCCUGGGUGGAAACCAAGCUUCUCCUGAGCCCCUCGUAGAGCCCCAGGUUGUUGGUUGUGGGGGCUACAAGCCCCAGAGCUCCUGGCUUAUAGACUCUCCCACUGAGGCUGAUGAAAGGAUGAGCCCAACCCCCUCCCUGGGUUCUCCAACCUCUGUAGCUUCUACUCACUUCCUCCUUUCUGAUAGAGAGGGAGACGAACAAGAGAGACGGCAGACCUCAUCGUCGGCAGCAGCCUGGCUCACUAACCUACUGUUCUCUGCGAAACCGUGAGAUCAUCUCGUUUUUUUUUUAUUUUUUUUCCCCAUUAGAUGGGACAACCUCAGUCUUUUCUGUUACCAGUGUCCCACCAUCAACAUGGAAGGAGGACUCCUCCCUCCCGGUGUGGUUCUGUGUUGAUAAAACGACGCUUUUCAAAGUGUUGAAAUCUACAUAUACACAAAACAUUUUCUCCUUUUUUUUUCUUUUUGGUGGAAUACCGAUCAAAAUGUACAUAAGAAAAUGUAUUCCGACCACAAACAUCUACAGAUCUGCUUUCAUCUCUUUGCUCCUACGAUGUUUAACGCCCACCUUGGAAAGGUGACAGCCGUUAAAUUAGUUUAGAGGCUUUGUCUUUUUGAGCAGCUGUAAUAGGCAGUCGGUUCAAAUAUUCAACUUAGUCGCUUUUUUACAUAAAUAUACGAAAACUGAGAGGGAGGGAAAAAAAAAAGUUUGAAAUCCUCUGAGAGCACCAUGAAAAGAAAUCUUAAAUGGUAGAAAAGAGGCGUUAAUACAAUGUUUAGUGUUCUUUCUGUUCUUGUCUAAAUUUUAAAUGAUGACAAGGCAUACACAAGCAAUCCCUACAAUGUGUAAAUUUAAACUAGACUCGGGCAUUUGAGUCUGAACUCAGUAAAAAAAAAAAGAAAAACGACAUAUCUUUGGUAUAAACUUCCCAAAGUUCAGUUCCUAUAAACUGAAUUAAUUAUGGACUGAUCUUAUCCAAACAUUGUUGUUAGGUCAGUCUGUUUUAUCUUGUGAAAUAUUUAAUGGAUUCCUUCAGAUCCUUGCAGACGUCUGUUGUUCUGAUUUUGGUUCGACAAAUGACAAACACAGAAGGCACAACAUGUAACACCCAUUACAGCAUGCAGUACCUGGCACAUUUCUGGCACCUUUGGUAAAGAUGUAAAUUUUUU